UUAAUGGGCUUGGCUUACUGUCACAUAAACCACGAGAUCUGUAUUUCGGACGGCAGGAGUUUAGCAAGCCCCAGGGUUGUUCAGAGCAAAUCAGAACAGGGUCGAAAUUGAUACAGAGCGUCAAAUUCCUUCCUGUUGUCUGUCAAAAACAGGGUUGUACCGUGCAAAUCAGAACCCUAGAAGAUUUCUCCCUCACCCCAGCCCCUUCAGUCCCUCACUCCAGAAACCCUCGAAGAUCUCUCCCUCAACGAAGACCCCAGCCCCAUCUCCCUCACCCCCUUCAGUGAGAAUGCUGGCGAUGAUCCUGGUAACGCUGAUGAGAUGGAGUUUGCAGUUGGUACGAGCAUCCCAACACAAUCCGACACUAGAAUGAAUGAAGAGCAAAGGCAAUAUCAUAUUUUCCACUGUAGCGUGCAGUUUUCAUGAAAAAUUCUAUUUGCAGUCCCGUCCGGUGACUGCUAUGCAGUAUGCAGACCUCACUUAAACAAAACGAUUCGUUUCGUUUAAGUGAGGAAAUAACGCUGGCCCCUAUGAUUGAAUCCCCCUUCGCACGUCUCUAAGUCCUAAGCCCCUUCGCAGCCCCCUCGAUUCUCCAAGCCAGUUCGCCGCUCGCCGUUUGCCAUUCGCCGUUCGCCAUCGCCCCUUCGAACGACUGAGAAGAGCACUGCCUUCGUCGUCUCACCUUCGCUGUAGCCCCUUCUACUUCGGCCUGGAACUCCCUUCGCCUUCGUCGGCUCUGCUACCUUCAACAUUGCUGUAGUCCGCCCUCAACAAGACAAAAGCUGAGAUGUCUAGAGGUAGCCUUGAUAGAAUAUCGUGAAUCCCUUGAAGAGCGGGGAAUCAAAAGUUUGGAUGAAAUUGAGAAGAAGGUUGCUAUCUGUCGGCAUAGCUACAGUCGGAAUAUGGAUUAUUAGAUUCUGAUGGCAGUUCUUUAUGGAACAGCAAGUGCUCUCAUUUUGUGAACAGGCAAGGUUUGACAUGGUUGAAUUUGAGCAUCUCUGUCCAUUCAUAUUGUCUUGUUUACUAUUCUCUACUAUAUAUAGGUUUAUCUAUUGCUUUCCAUGCCUUUUAAUUCUAUCAUGAUGUAAGAAUUGGGAUGACAACUAUUUCAACAAGUUGCUAAGAAAACAAAUUGGAUUUCGAUGAGAACUAUUUCAUAAAUUUUUAUUUUAGUCCUUGUUAGCUUCUGUGUUAACAGUUCUUUGCAAGUUGCAAGACUGAAUUGGAUUUGGUGUUUAACAUGUUACAAUAAAAGCAACCUAUUCUUUGUAAUGCUCCUGCUGGUUAUGCAAUUUCUAUUAUAAUUUUGUUUUUUUAGAGCAGUUUCUAUUAUAAAUUCUAUGACUGUUAAGUAUUUUUUUUAACUUAAUGUCAUUUGAUUUGAUUUGUGCUUAGUUGUAAGCAUUGUAAUUUGUUUUCUUAAAUAUUGCACAGCACAUAUUCAGGCUAAAACUCCUAAUGUUUCAUGCUCAGGGCUAUUUUAAUAAAAUAUUUUUCGUUUUACUUUGAAGCUGUAGCAAGAACAUCCUCUGAGAGGAAGGACAGAUGGAAUGAUGCCCAAGACGCUAUAAUUAACUGGUGUUUGGCGGCUAUGAUCAUUCUACUGAAACUGUGUACAAAUACCGGAGGCACUCCAUGAUCAAAUGGAGCAUAAAGAUUUGGAGCCUCCUUUCCCUCCAAAAUCAUCUUCGCCAACGACCUUACCUAACGUUUGAACCCGUUACUCUACCGACCACUUUCCUCUUCCCUGCUAAAUUUAUCCAAUCCUACGUUAAAUUUGGCGGAGACCAACAAAUUGCAACUAUUCUAAGCUCAAUCCAUAAGGGGAGUUUAACACCCAGCUCUAUAUCCUACUCCAAGCUCCUCUCACAAUGCAUUGCUUCCAAGUCUGUAAGUUCAGGCAUGGAAGUCCAUGCCCAUGUAGUUAGAUUUGGAUUAUCUGAGGACCGGAAUGUUAGGAACCAUCUGGUAAAUCUGUAUUCAAAGUGUCGGUGUUUUGGGUAUGCCCGGAAAUUGGUUGAGGAAAGUACUGAACCGGAUUUGGUUUCUUGGUCUGCUUUGAUAUCUGGGUAUGCACAAAAUGGGCUUGGUAAAGAAGCUAUAUGGGCCUUUCAUGAGAUGCACUUGUUGGGUGUCAAGUGCAACGAGUUUACAUUUCCAAGUGUUCUUAAGGCGUGCUCUGUAACGAAGGAUUUGGGGCUAGGGAAGCAGGUUCAUGGGAUUGUGGUGGUGACAGGGUUUGAAUUCGAUGUGUUUGUUGCAAAUACUUUGAUUGUAUUGUACGCAAAAUGUGAGGAGUUUCGGGAUUCAAGGAGACUGUUUUAUGCAAUUCCAGAACAGGGUGUUGUUUCAUGGAAUGCAUUGUUAUCUUCUUAUGUGCAGUGCGGUUUCUGUGGGGAAGCACUAGAUUUGUUUCAGGAGAUGGUUUUGAAUGGAAUUAGCCCAAAUGAGUUUAGUUUGUCAAGUAUACUGAGUGCUUGCUCGGGUUUGGGGAAUGGUGGUCAAGGAAAGAAAAUGCAUGGGUAUUUGGUAAAGCUUGGAUAUGAUUAUGAUCCAUUCUCAGCAAACGCACUUGUUGACAUGUAUGCAAAAGUAGGAGAUAUCGAAGAUGCAAUUAUUGUUUUCGAGGAAAUUGCACAACCUGAUAUUGUUUCCUGGAAUGCUGUAAUUGCUGGCUGCGUUUUUCAUGGGAACCAUGAUUGGGCUUUGAAGUUAUUUGGGCAAAUGAGAAGGUCAGAAACACGUCCAAAUAUGUUUACCUUAUCAAGUGCUCUUAAAGCUUGUGCUGGAAUGGGGCUCAAAGAAUUGGGUAGACAGUUGCACUCUAGAUUGAUAAAAAUGGACACAGAAUCAGAUUUGUUUGUGGGUGUGGGUCUGGUAGAUAUGUACUCAAAGUGCCAUAUGAUGCAUGAAGCAAGGAUGGUUUUUAAUUUGAUGCCAAACAAGGACUUGAUUGCUUAUAAUGCUGUUAUCUCUGGACAUUCACACAAUGGGGAAGACAUGGAAGCUGUAUCACUUUUUGCUGAGAUGCAUAAGGAAGGAAUAGGAUUCAACCAGACUACUUUAUGCACAGUCCUCAAAUCCACAGCUAGCUUGGAGGCUAUCAAUGUUUCUAGACAACUUCAUGCGCUUUCAGUGAAAUUUGGUUUUCAUUCAGAUAUUUAUGUCAUAAACAGCAUUCUUGAUGCAUAUGGAAAGUGUAGUCAUCUAGAUGAUGCAACCAGAACUUUUGAAGAAUGCCCAAUUGGAGAUCUGGUGGCUUUCACAUCCAUGAUCACUGCUUAUUCUCAGUAUGGUCAAGGUGAGGAAGCUCUAAAGCUCUAUUUGCAAAUGCAUGACAUGGGGAUCAAGCCAGACCCAUUCGUCUGUAGUUCCCUUCUAAAUGCUUGUGCAAAUUUAUCGGCAUAUGAACAAGGUAAACAGGUACAUGUUCAUGCUCUGAAGUUUGGGUUCAUGUCUGAUGUCUUUGCUGGAAAUUCUAUAGUUAACAUGUACACAAAGUGUGGAAGCAUAGACGAUGCAGAUCGUGCUUUCUCUGAGAUACCCGAGAGAGGAAUAGUAUCAUGGUCUGCAAUGAUCGGGGGACUUGCACAACACGGCCAUGGGAAACGGGCCCUCCAAUUGUUUAACCAGAUGCUUAAAGAUGAUGUUUCCCCAAAUCAUAUAACGUUAGUUAGUGUCCUUUGUGCAUGCAAUCAUGGAGGUUUGGUAAGCGAAGCCAGAGAAUAUUUUGAUUCAAUGAGAGAGUUGUUUGGUAUUGAACCAACGCAAGAGCAUUAUGCUUGUAUGAUUGAUCUCCUUGGCCGUGCUGGGAAAUUAGAUGAAGCAAUGGAACUUGUAAAUACAAUGCCAUUUGAAGCUAAUGCUUCGGUUUGGGGUGCCCUUCUUGGUGCUGCAAGAAUCCAUAAAAAUGUUCAUCUCGGCCGACAUGCUGCUGAGAUGCUCCUAACGCUUGAACCAGAGAAAUCAGGUACCCAUGUGCUUCUUGCAAACAUUUAUGCAUCAGCUGGCAUGUGGGAAAAUGUUGCAAAGGUGAGAAGGCUUAUGAAAGAUAGCAUGGUGAAGAAGGAACCUGGAAUGAGUUGGAUUGAGGUCAAAGACAAAGUAUACACCUUUAUAGUAGGAGAUAGAAGCCAUUCUAGAAGCAAGGAAAUAUAUGCCAAACUUGAUGAGCUCGCUGCCUUGAUGAAUAAAGCUGGCUAUGUUCCAAUGGUAGAGAUUGACCUUCAUGAUCUGGAACAGAGUGAAAAGGAGCGGCUUCUGUUCCACCACAGUGAAAAACUUGCAGUGGCUUUUGGUUUAAUUGCUACUCCACCAGGAGUUCCCAUUAGGGUGAAGAAGAAUCUUCGAAUCUGCAUUGACUGCCACACUGCAUUCAAGUUCAUUUGUAAAAUUGUCUCAAGGGAGAUUAUCGUGAGAGACAUCAAUAGAUUCCACCAUUUUAAAGGAGGUUUGUGUUCUUGUGGAGAUUAUUGGUGAUGAUGCUCAAGACACUUCAAGAAAGCGGCAUCGCAGCCAAAGCCAAAGUGAGAGCCCACCAUGGACAGUGGUGGCGGUCCUGGACAGCUGGACAAAUUUAAGAGGCAACCAACAAAUAAAGGCUGUAUGGAAGAUGAUUCCUAUAUGCAUCAUGUGGUGUUUGUGGCAAGAGUGUAAUGAACAGACAUUCAAGGACAAUGAGAGAUCGAUGGAGGAACUAAGCUUUCUUUUUUAGAAUUCUUUAUAAUUGGGCCAUUGCCGUUGACUUUGCUAGCCUAGAUUUACAUGAUUUUCUUAUAUCUAUUGCUCCUACGUAGUUAGGACAUUCAUUGUACUGAACCUGGCUCUGCCUAUUCUUUGAUUAAUAUAAUUUAUUUACUUAUCAGAAAAAAAAGAUAGGAACAGGGAAAGGCACAGGGAUAGAGAUAGAAUUCAUGAUUUUGAAAAUGAGAGAGGGACGGAGCAGGACUAUGAGAAGAGUGGAAGCAGAGAGAGGGAUGACCAUGAAAGAGAUAGAGGCAGAGGAGGCAGAGAAAGAGACAGAGAUAGGAGGAGACGGCCAAAGUUAGUUAUUCCUGGGGGAGAAUUGAAGUGGAAUGUUUUGGAAUGAAGAUAUGUCCAUAUAAUUGGGUCAGAGAGACUGCCAUAAAAAGAACGUGUCCACAUUGCUAUGAAAAGAAGCUUCCUUCCAUUUCGUGUAAUAAACCGUUAAAUUGUAUUUUAGCUAGAUGUAUUUGGAUUCCAAAUAUACAACUUUGAAUUUCUUUAACAAUGAUCCAUGAGUAAGUUCUAAAUUGCUUCAGGUUAGGUGUUAAUACAACCUGAUGUGUGGUCCAUGCUCUUUUGUGGGGUUACAACUUACAAGCAGAUCAAUAAGUUCAAUAUUAUACUUUUUCUCAUGAUUUUGUUGGUUUUUGCAACCAAAACAUUUCCUGUGUUAUGGUUUGCUGGUCUGAAGAUCUACAAGGGCUAUUAAGGACAUUUACUUGACUCGACAUUAUCACAUUGGGUAAGUUUUCAGUGUUUGCCUCUUAUGGCUUUCCAUAUCCGAAAAGGUUUUUUUUUUUGUUUAAAUUUGCUUUUACUUUUCUAUUGGGUUUGGUUCAACUUCCACGUUUGGAAUUUGCCCAAUUGUUUGUCUUCACAUUCUGUUGGAUGUGUUGGGAGAUAUUUUCCCCUUUUUAAUUAAUUAUAUGCAAUUGUUUCAUGGGUGUUUGGUUGUCUCUAUUGAAAGUGUUGAAGACACCGAUGAAGAAAUAAGAGUACUAUGUUGAAGACAACAAUGAAGUAAUAAGAGUGUUGUGUUGAAGAACCCAAUCAAGAAGCCACGUGGCUUUGGGUUUGUACAGUUUGUAGACCCAGCUGAUGCAGCAGAUGCCAAAUAUCAUAUGGUUGGUCAAAUUCUUCUUGGUCGUGAAUUGACUGUUGUAUUUGCUGAGGAGAACAGAAAGAAGCCUGCAGGGGUAACGAAUUGGGAACGGUCAAUUUACUGCAGGGAGUGCUUGCCUUCAGUUGAUGCUACUCUGAUUGAGACCUUUCAUAAUGCAUAAUCAACAUUUCCAAAAGGUUUACCGAGUCAACAUUUCGAGAGAACGAAAACAAAAAAAAAAAGAAGGAAGAAAAA